AUGGAUAGAUAAAUUAACAUUAACAAGCCUAGAGUCUUUGCUAUGGCUUCAAAUAUUUGCUUAGCAAGUCUCUACUUUGGUUACAACAUUGCCACAUACAAUUCUGCUUCUCAAGUCAUCAUCAGUUUGAAUGGUUGGAGAGGAACUGAUAAAGAAACUCUAUAUCCUUCACUUAUUACAAGUUCUUUAGCCGCUGGUUGCAUUAUCUCUGCUCCAGUUGCUGUCAAUGUCUUAAAGAUUUUCAAGAACAAUUUGCGUAAAGCUUCUAUGCUUCUUGACAUCUUGACAAUUGUUGCCUGCGUUAUCCAACUUGUUGACACUCAUGUCGCUAAUUUAAUCGUUGGUCGUUUCCUUGCUGGUUUAAUCAUUGGUUUGAACUGUACUUACGUUUCCUCGUUUAUUGCUGAAGUUUCUCCCACUUAAUUAAGAGGUGUCACAGGUUGCAUUAACUAACUUUUAAUUUGCUUUGGUAUCUGCGUUGUUUUCUUGCUUGGUUUGAUUCUUCCUAGUAAGUAAGCUUUAAUCGAUGAUCCCACAUAUGAUAAUUAGGUUAACUGGAGAAUUGUUGUUGGUUUCCCAGUCAUUUUUACAGUUCUUAGAUUCAUUAACUUUAUCUUGUUUUUCAGAUACGAUACUCCUUGCGAACUAUAUAAAUAAGGAAAGUUAGAUGAUUUAAAGAAUUUCCUUAGAUCAAUUUACAGAGAAGAAUCUGAAAUCGAUAUCUAAAUUGAGUUGAUUAAAGAAUAAGUCAAUGCUACUUCUGGUUCUUCAAACAAAGUUGAUAUUGAAAAGGCAUAAAAUCCUGCUUAACCUGCUAACCCUGCCACCAACUCCGAUAUUUCUUCAACCAAUAAAGAAAAGAAGAACGAACACCGUGCUAGUGAUGAUUUAUCAAAUGGCUCUGAAGAACACAACUAUGCUAAGGAAAGUUUCAAAAGAAGAUGGUUAUUAGGUCUUUUGAUGUGUAUUGGUUAACAAUUAACUUGCAUUAAUGGUGUCAACUUCUAUUCUAAUUAAAUUUUCGAAGAUGCCAACCAAGCUGACAACGCUUAUUACUAUACUAUUGGUUUGGGAUUCAUCUAAUUCUUCGCUUGCUUAGUCAGUGUAUUUAUUGUUGACAAGAAGGGAAGAAGACCUAUGAUGCUCUGGGGAACUGUUGUUUUGGUCAUUUCUUUGGCCUUAAUCGCUAUCUUAUUGUCUUUCGAUUUAUUCAUUCCUAGUUUCUUAGCUAUUUGCUUAUUCUUGAUUGCUUUCUCUUUGAGUUAAGGUCCUUUAGUUUGGGCUUAUCAAGGUGAAAUGUUAGAAUAAAAGGCAUUACAAAUCAAUACUUGUGUUCUUUGGAUUUUCACUCUCGUUAUUGGUAUUAUUUUCCCUUACAUGGCUUAAUACAUUAAGGCUGGUGGUACUUUUGCUAUUUUUGCAGCCAUUACCUUCUUGUUCCUUAUCUACUACAAGAAAGAAUUUAUUGAAACCAAAGGAAAAAGCAGAAUCGAAAUCUACAGAGAAUUCUGCAAUAAACCUGCUGUAAGCUUAAAACAAAAAUAACCUGAAUAAAUGAAUGCUGCUUGA